AUGGUGAGCGGCUCGGCGCGGGGCUCCCGCAGCCGGGACCGAGCGGCGCCGCCGCCGCCCGCCGCGGGCGGCUCCGCGGGCGGCUCCGCGGGCGGCGGGGCCCGGGCGGCGGGGCCGGGGCCGGUGCCGGGGCUGGUGCCGGGGCUGGUGCUGGCCGGGGUCUGCGCGCUCUGCUACGGCAACUCGCUGCGGGGCGAGUUCGUGCACGACGAUGUUUGGGCCAUCGUGAACAACCCGGACGUGCGGGCGGGCGCGCCCGUGGCCGCCGCCUUCGCCAACGACUUCUGGGGCAAGCGCAUGGCCGAGAACACGAGCCACAAGUCGUACCGGCCCCUCUGCGUGCUCUCCUUCAAGCUAAACAUAUUAUUGGCUGGAAUGAACCCCUUCUACUUCCACGCAGUGAAUGUAAUUUUACACUGUCUGGUGACUCUUGUGCUGAUGUAUACCUGUGACAAAGCCGUGUUCAAGGACUGUCGCCUCGCUUUUGUCACAGCGCUGCUCUUCGCUGUGCAUCCCAUUCACACYGAGGCUGUAACAGGUAUUGUAGGCAGAGCAGAUGUCCUGGCCUGUCUACUCUUUCUGUUGGCUUUUCUCUCCUAUAAUAGGAGCGUGGAUCAGCUUUAUGUUGGGGAACAUUUCCCUCCCACUGCCUCCCCAUUCUUCUUGCUGCUUAGUUUAUUUCUUGGGACGUGUGCAAUGCUGGUGAAAGAAACUGGAGUCACCGUGUUUGGCGUAUGCUUGGUUUAUGACUUCUUUUCCCUCUCCUGCAAUGGACUCAAACUGAGGAAUGGCGGGAUGCUGCAGAGGCCGGCCUGGCAGCCCGCGGCCGCGCCGUCGGCCUUGCCGCCGGUGCCCGUGUCUGGCCGUGAGAACGGGAAGCACCAGCGGGGCUUUGCCCACCGGAGCGCCUGGAAUUCCUGCCCUGCCACGGCGCCCGGUGAGCCGCGCUCCGGCGGCCUCUCCGUGCCCAGCAGAGCCGUGUGGGCCAUUCGCAGCUACCUGACUGCAAAUAACAACCAGAAUUUCUUGUAUACUGCAAGGCCAUUUUUAAAGAGAGCUGCUCUGGUGAUAAGCUAUGUGGUUCUCGUUUUGUAUUUCCGCCUCUGGAUAAUGGGAGGAUCUAUGCCAAUGUUUUCCGAGCAGGACAAUCCAGCUUCAUUCUCACCAUAUUUACUGACAAGGUUUUUAACUUAUUCCUACCUUCUGGCCUUCAACGCCUGGCUCCUGCUGGCACCCAUAACUCUGUGCUAUGACUGGCAAGUGGGCAGUAUCCCUCUGGUCGAGUCCAUCUGGGAUGUGAGGAACUUAGCCACAGUCUUCCUGGCGCUGGUGCUGGUGCUCCUCAGCCUACACUGUGUAGCUGCAUUCAAGAAACUGGAACACAAAGAAGUUUCGGUUGGCUUAUUGUUCCUGGUUUUCCCAUUCAUCCCAGCCAGCAACCUCUUCUUCAGGGUGGGAUUUGUGGUGGCAGAACGAGUCCUUUACAUGCCAAGUAUGGGAUAUUGCAUUCUUUUCGUCCAUGGCCUAAGAAAACUCUCUACGUGGUUGGAUAAAUGGAGAAUUACUCUUCCGACUCUCUUUGCUUUGCUGCUGCUGCUGUUCUCCUGCAAGACGGUGAAACAGAAUGAAAUCUGGUUGUCGAGAGAAUCCCUCUUCAGCUCAGGAGUGAAGACUCUACCCCAUAACGCCAAGGUGCACUACAACUAUGCCAAUUUUCUGAAAGACCAGGGACGCAACAUUGAAGCUAUCUACCACUACAAAACUGCUCUCAAGCUGUAUCCUCGCCAUGCAAGUGCUCUCAACAACCUGGGGACAUUGACCAAAGAYGUGGUGGAAGCAAAGGACUAUUACAGACGGGCCCUGCAGUUAAACCCUCAGCAUAACCGCGCACUCUUCAACCUCGGCAACCUGCUCAAGUCCCAGGGCAAGAAGGAGGAGGCCAUAAUCCUGCUAAGGGACUCCAUCAAAUACGGCCCGGAGUUCGCCGACGCUUACUCGAGCCUGGCUUCCCUGCUGGCCGAGAAGGAACGCCUUGAAGAAGCUGAGGAGGUUUAUAAGGCCGGCAUAGAGAACUGCCCGGAGAGCUCCGACCUGCACAACAACUACGGCGUUUUCCUGGUUGAUACUGGCGCUCCAGAGAGGGCCGUGUCCCACUACAGACACGCCAUCCGCCAGAGCCCAAACCACCACGUGGCCAUGGUGAACCUGGGCAGGCUUUACCGCUCCYUGGGGCAGAACAGAGAGGCUGAAACCUGGUACAAAAGGGCAUUGAAGGUAUCCCGGAAAGCUGAAAUCCUGUCCCCGCUUGGGGCUCUGUACUACAACACUGGGAGGUAUGAGGAAGCUUUGCAGGUUUAUAGGGAAGCCGUGUCACUGCAGCCUUCAAACAAGGAGAUUCGGCUGGCGCUGGCCCAGGUUUUAGCAAUGAUGGGACGGACAAAGGAAGCUGAAAAGAUGACGAACCACAUACUCCAUGAAGAUGCAGAGUGUUUGGAGUGCUACCGCCUUCUGUCAGCAAUCUACAGCAAGCAGGAGCACUAUGCUAAGGCACUUGAAAUUAUAGAUAAAGCUCUUCAGCUAAAACCAAAGGAUCCAAAAGUCAUAUCAGAGCUCUUCUUCACUAAAGGAAACCAGCUAAGAGAACAGAAUCUUCUUGACAAGGCUUUUGAGAGCUAUAAACAAGCUGUGGAGUUCAACUCAGACCAAGCACAAGCCUGGAUGAACAUGGGAGGCAUUGAACAUAUCAAGGGGAACUACGUCACUGCCCGUAACUACUAUGAAAAAGCUUUACAGCUGGUUCCAAACAGCAAAUUGCUGAAGGAGAAUCUGGCCAAACUGGAUCGAUUAGAGAAGAGGUUACAGGAGGUCCAAGAGAAAGAUCAGACAUAGCAUUCAGUCAACAGUGGGAAGAAACUUACGAUCCUUGGAAAAGCCUGAAAGUGACACUGAAGGAACUUAGAUAUGAUGCAGAAUUAUGGAASGCAAAUUCUGGCUGCAUGCUUGUUUGACCAAAGUUACAGGAGACACUCAGCUCAUGUGGAACAUGCUGGAGAACCAAUGAAAACCUCCUUGGAGUCAAGAUUCAUGUUUAGGUUGAACCCRUCUUAGUCACACAAGUAAUAUGGGUGGAACAUGCACCUUCAAUAUCUUAGUUAUUGCUGKAGAAGCUGCGGAGACAAAACACUCAUCCACUGCCCUGAGGCUGAAGUAGCACCUCUUGUUACUCCACACAGACUCACCUAGGCCUCAUAAAGUACCAUUGAUGGUCUUCAUUGCAAGUGCUGCCAGGUCCUUCUGAGCCAGGAAGAUAGACAUAGUGGUCAUAUAAAAGGGUUUCAGAGGGUUGAUGUUGAGGAAAUGGUGGCCACUUUUGCAGCCUGUGACUUGAAAGUGAUCCUAAAGAAAGGGAAAGAAAUGUCUGAGUAUCACCUUAGAAGGAUGAUUCUGCAGCUAGAACAAACGAUUCUAUGAGGGGAAACUGCAGCUGAAUGUUUUACUCAUAAGAUAGUAAUUUUGUAGUAAUUCAGGUUCAUGAUAUCAGCACUGUCAAAUAUCAUAUGGCUUUACCCUUUGCCCUCUCUCUCCAGGCCAAGUAAUUAUUACUCUGAAAAYUAGAAACAUGGAAAAGCAGUGGGAACCUCUAGAAUUGUCCUCCUGUCCAGUCCCCAGUAAAAAAUGAAUGAACAAACCAAAAAAGAGCCCAACUAACCUGAUCAACAUAGGAGGUAAAGUAAAGCCACAAAGAGAUUAGGGAUGAUUUGGUAGGUGGGAAAGGUACUAAAGAGGAUUCUUUAUGGGUGUGCAGGGAGAAAGCCCAUUUAUCAUGGUGAUAACUCUGAUAAAACGUGUUGUCAAAGUGUUCUCACCUCCUCCCCCAAGAGAUGCAGAAAAUGAGCUAUAGCUGAUCAGUCAUAAAUCUAUAUUUUUAAAUACUGAAGUGGGGAAAUGAAUUCUCUCCGGAACUGAGGAUUUUAUUUUUGAGUUUAUUUAUUUAACUUAUAAACAAAUAAUUAAUAUAUUUUCUCUGUUUUAUAAGAACUAGCCAGUGUCCUUGACGGGUGACUACGUGGUUGGGCAGUGCCUCGUAUUGUCCGAAGCUAGAGAACGCAGCACCACCGAGGCAGGCUUGGAUAAUGUGCUCAGAUGGUAUUUCUGAAGCUCUAAAGUGUAGUGGACCAGCCUGUCACUGCAAGAACAGCACUUUUCCUGGCUCCUACUGGGCUUGCACAAAGAAACAUGAAGGGUUGGUGGGAUAGUGCCCUGUGGCGUGGGCAGCUGGGUAGGUCCCCAGCUUGUUCCUCUCGAAGAAGGAAGCCACCAUAAGUUGGUUAUACUUGAGCUUGGCUUUGCCUGGUUGCAGCAGAGAAGCAGCCCACAGUGUGGUCCUGGUAGGGAGAGCUGGGGUUAGGACUGAGCUGCCCCGCUACCACCCGUGGGCCUGCGGGAGCUGUCGUUUCCCUGGUGGGCACCRCGUGAGGUGGCUCACGGUGCAGGUGCCCGGCUCUGCUGAACCGCAGGGACCGGUUUUGCUGGUCCCGACUUGGGCACCGCGGGUUCCCCGCCAGGGUCCCUCCGUGACGGUGGCAGCAGAAGGGGCGUCACGCUCACACCAAGUCAGUAAGGACUGUGUGUUCUUCYAGCCAUGCACCGGUAUGGCUUUAGGUUGUGGCCAAUGGAAAGUAUUUUUUCAAAUAUAGAAGAAGAUGUAUUUUUUAUAGCAGUGCUGUGGGAGGGAGGUAACUCGGGUUUUUUUGCUUUCAGUWUUGACAUAAAGUUGCGUUUGUCUUUCCUAAGACACCCAGUGCCAGUGGGGAUCGCCUUCUUGUCCUAGCGUCCAUCCAAAGCCAUCCCGACCUCCUAAAACCAGUACAUGUGCAUAAUAUAUAAUACAGCUAUUUAGGUGUCCCUCCAAGCUCCUGGAAAAGAAUUGCAUUUAUUUUGCCUGGCUUUCUUACCUGCAGGAGGAUAUAGGGUGGCCGUUGUUCCUUUGAGGAAGGCUGUGCAGCAGGAAGGCUUGUCAUAUGUCCCACUGGAAUUAGGCAGGAACAUGUCCRUGUAGUUAGGCCCAGCUAAACUGCAUUGCGGUUAUAUGCUGAAAGGUGGAGUCUCCACCUCUGUGAGCUGGGUUUAAUGUAGUUACRGGGAGAGGAGGGGUCAUUAAUGAAUCCCACGUUCCGAACACAGCACUUUAUAGACCAUAUCUAUGCAGAGUGGCAGUCUGCAGACUGGCAGGGUAUUUGGAGAAUGACUCAGGCCACAAGCUACCAAAGCAGUUAAACCCUUGUGCAGAUCUGAGCUCACUCGCCGUCUCACUGGCUUCCAUGCUGAAAUGCAGUGUUUGUUCAGGAUGUUAAUCUGGUGAAAAGUUCACGGCAGAUGAGAACAGUGGACUGUAAUAUGAAAUGGGUAACCUCCACCAGAAGGGAUUGUUAUUGUGAAGAUCAAUAGGUGACUUACCUUGUKAUAAACUGGAUAUUAUCCUUAUUAAUCAUAGGAAACGGUGUCUUCCUUUAGCAUUGCACAGUUCAUCAGACACUGCAUUGUGGAUACGCUGGUUUSUGCCAACGGCGUGGUGUUCGUGCACGCUUGGCAGAGACUGCAGAUCCGUGGGUUAAUGGCUGAUUGUACAGAGGGGUGGUGGGGCUCCUCCUGUGUCCCAGUGGCCAAACCUCAGCACACGUGUGGGUGCUCAGCAAUAUGCAAGUGGGGAAUUGACACCAGCUUGGUUAGACAGGACUCUCGUGUAAUCACUGUGCAUUUCCACUGUCAACGGAGAACAAAGCAACCGUGCUGCUUCCUCCUUAUGAAUAACAAUUUCAGCUSAUGUAUUUUGUUUUCUUUGCUCCCAUUCCUUCCCCAUCCCUCAGGAUGAAUGAUGCAAGGAGGGACAUUUUAUGUCUCUCAUAGAUGGUUUGCACUAAAUUUUCCCAAAAUUAUGCAGGCAAGUUGUUUUGGCCUUCCAGGAAGCGAAUGCAGCAGYGGGAAUGACCCUUAUUCCAGCAGGGUGGAUGUGGAUGGGGAGGGCACACGUCUCACACCUCCGUCAAGCAAUGCAGAAUGGAGAGCCUGCCGACCUGGCUUGCUUUGCUGGGCCCUUGGCAAAAGCUGCUCAACAUUCACGGGAGGCAGGCCAAGACGGUCAGCCCWGUUUGGUGAAAGAAGCUUGUUUUCAUUCUAAUGGAAGUAAUUAGCACAUUUCAUGUAAUUCUAACUGUGUGAUCUUUUUCCCCACUUGUCCUCCAGCUCGGUGAAGCAGUUGGCAUGUGCUUAAGUCUCCUCAAACUGUACGUGCAUUAAAUCGACCAAGUGUUCAAUUCCAGGUUUUCACACAUGAAAUUGUGUACAAUCUUUGAAAGAAUUUAGCUCUUAAAGUCUUUUUUCCCCCCAAAUACGCCGUUUCUUGCAGCAGUUCUAAAAUGCCUCAUUUUGCUUUCACGUACAUUCAAACAACCCAUCAGGAAAAAAGAAAAAAAAAAAAAAAAGAAAGAAAAAUGUGCUUGGCAUUCACUAGUGUCUCAAUGUGGCAAAGUUGUGUCAGAUAAUCUUGAUAACUUGUGCAAAACUUGUGCAGAAGUUCCUUGCCAUUUUUGUACUGACUUGCUGGGAAUUCUUUUCUAGGAAAUAGGCCCAGUGGUAGCCUCUGUAAAAGUUAUGGCUUCUACAAAUAUGUUACUGUAGAAAUCUCUGCCCGAGUAGAUGUCAUGCUGCGUGUUCCUAUCGCGUGGGAGCUUUUUGCAU